AUCAUGCCAGUAUCCAACAACUCAUCAAUUAUCAUCCCUCUCUCCCAGCUACACGCCGUCAUCAACACUCGCCAUGACCAGAUUGGAGCUAGUCUUCAUUUCUGCACCAGCCAUGGGAAACCUCGUUCCAAUCGUCGAAUUCGCUAACCUCCUAACUAAACACCACCCUCGAUUCUCUGCGACCCUCCUCAUCAUAACCAUGUCACAGCGACCACUCCUCAACACCUAUGCCCAAUCCCUCGCUUCCACCUCACCAACCAACAUCCGAUUCCUCCGCCUCCCCCCCGUAGACCCUCCCGCACCCGAUGACUACCAAUCUUCCGUCGGAUUCCUCUCCCUCCUCAUACAGAAACAUACGAGCCACGUCAGAGACGCGCUCCUUCAACUAACCCCAACUGAGUCAACCGAUUCAACACGCGACUCGGUGCGACUAGCCGGUUUGUUUGUCGACAUGUUCUCCACCCCCAUAAUCGACGUCGCCACCGAGCUCUCAAUCCCUUGCUACCUCUUCUUCGCCUCGCCGGCGAGCUUCCUCGGCUUUAUGCUUCACCUUUCCCAAUUCGACUCGGACGAAGAGUUGUCCAUCCCGAGUUACAAGAACCCGGUACCGAGAUGCGUUUUGCCCAACCUCGUGAUGAAGGGGAACGAUGGGUUUUCUUGGAUUUCACAACAUGCCAGAAGGUACAGGGAAACGAAGGGCAUUGUGGUAAAUACGUUUCAGGAGCUUGAGCCUCAUGCAGUUCAAUCGCUCUCUCGUGAUUCAAAGUUGCCACCGGUUUAUCCAAUUGGGCCGAUUCUGGAUCUUAAUGGGUCGGCUCAAUGGAAUCCAAACCCAGCCCAAUAUAAGCUUAUCAUGGAGUGGCUGGACCAGCAGCCUCUGGCAUCUGUGGUGCUUCUUUGUUUUGGAAGCUUGGGAAGUCUUAAGGCAACUCAAGUUGAACAAAUUGCAAUUGGGCUUGAACAGGCCGGAGUCAGAUUCUUAUGGGCUUUAAGGGAGCCCCCGAAGGCCCAAUUAGAGGACCCUAUGGAUUUUGAAAACCACGAGAAUGUGUUGCCAGAUGGAUUCUUGGAACGAACGGCUGGGAUUGGUUUAGUGUGUGGUUGGGUCCCACAAGCAAAGGUAUUGGCUCAUAAGGCGAUUGGGGGUUUCGUGUCGCAUUGUGGUUGGAACUCGAUAUUAGAGAGCUUGUGGUAUGGUGUGCCGAUUGCCACGUGGCCAUUGUACGCUGAACAACAAAUGAAUGCGUUCGAGAUGGUUAAGGAGUUAAGUUUAGCGGUUGAGAUUAGAUUGAAUUAUAGAAUGGGUGGGGAUCUGGUGUGGGCAGAAGACGUGGAGCGAGGUGUUAGGUUCUUGAUGAACGAUGCUGAUGAGAUCAGGAGAAAGGUAAAGGAAAUGAGUGAGAAAUGUAAAAUAGCAUUGAUGGUGAAUGGAUCGUCUUACUCCAAGCUGAUGUCCCUGAUUGAAGAGUUGACAAGUUGAUCAGCCCAUUGUAUUUAUAUUUGAUUAUCAUUUAUCAAGAUGCACUGGGAUCUAAAUGUGUUCAUUCGGUAUAUCAGAGCAUGUAGCAUUUUUUAUUUUAUACAAAA